CCAUGUGAGGUUAAGUCACUCAGAGAGACGCAUUACGGAGAGCUGCAGGUCGCACCCAAACCGGAGCACACGCUCUCCACCUGUCACCAGCUCUCUGCUGACGUCCUCUCCGGUCGUUUAUCUCUGCCUGUGCAUCUUUGGCACCUCCAUUUCAGAAACGCUGUGGACGUUGUGAAUCCAAGCGGCUCUAGUCACAGGUUGUGAGUCUGAAAAAUGAACUUUGAUGGCAUUCUCUGUCUCAUAGGUGGCUUCGGGAAGUUCCAGAAGAUCCUGUUUGUGUGGAUCUGUCUGCCUCAGAUCUUUCUGGCGUUCCACAUGCUGGUCUCCGUCUUCACUGGGGCCGUCCCCCCGCACUUAUGCCGCUCCUUAGGGGGCGAUCUGACCCCUCCAGACUUCAACUUCAGCCACGUGGCCGCUGUUGGCGUCCGGCGUGAUGGGUCCUGCACGCUCCCCUUGAACCGCAGCAGUGCUGCAGCUCUCGCUGAUGGACACCCCGCUGGGAGCUGCCAGGGGGGCUGGGAGUACAGCACAGAGACCUUCCAAAGCACCACGGUCACUGAGUGGGACCUGGUCUGUGAUAGCGCCAGCAUGAACAACAUGGGCUCCUCCGUGUACAUGUUUGGUCUCCUGGUUGGAGCCGUCGUGUACGGAAGCUUAGCCGAUAAGUACGGUCGCAGGAUCAUUAUUCUCAUCAACCUGGCCGUCCAGGCUGUCUUUGGGGUUGGGGCCGCUUUCGCCCCUAAUUUCUACGUCUACAUUGCCCUUCGGUUUGUGGUUGGAACAUCCAUCUCUGGCGUCAUCAUGAAUGCAUUUGUCCUAGGCACGGAAUGGACAGGACCUAAGCAACGGAUGUUGGCAGGUAUAAUCACAGACUACUUCUUUGGCUUUGGCUAUAUGCUUCUGGCCGGAGUGGCGUAUCUCAUCAGAGACUGGCGUAAACUGCAGCUGGCCAUCUCAGCACCUGGUCUCCUCUUUGUCUCUUACAUCUGGGUGUUGCCAAAAUCAGCUCGCUGGUUGAUGGCAAAUGACAGAAAAGAGGAAGCAUGGGAACUGAUCCGUACAGCAGCGCAGAUGAAUGGGAAGCCCCUCACCAAAGAUUUGGAGGUGUGUCAGGUCCAUAACAUUGAAGAGAAAACCGUGGUGAAGAAAAAACAUUCAUUCAUUGACCUUGUACGCACCCCCAAAAUGAGGAAGCAGUCUUUGAUUGUUUUUUAUCUCUGGUUCGCCAACGUGCUUGUGUACUAUGGCCUGUCGCUGAACAUUUCAGACUUCGGAAUGAACAUCUAUCUGACCCAGAUGAUCUUUGGCCUGGUGGAGAUGCCGGCGCGCACCAUCACCCUGUUCACCCUCAACCGCUCCCGCAAGCUCUCCCAGCUGGCUUUCUUGGCCGUGGGGGGCUCAGCCUGCCUGCUGACCAUCUUCAUCCCCAACGAGCUGUCUGUCGUCAAAACUGUACUGGCCAUGAUUGGGAAGUUCGGAAUCACGGCAUCUCUUUCCAUUAUUUACGUCUACUCAGCUGAAGUGUUCCCGACCGUUAUCAGACAGAAUGGGAUCGGCAUCGGCUCCAUGUGUGCUCGGACUGGAGGGGUCCUGGCUCCCAUGAUGUACCUCCUGAGGGGCAUCAGUCCCCAGGCCCCCAUGGUUCUCUGUGGGCUCUGCCCUCUGCUGGGCUCCGCCCUCACCCUGCUGCUACCCGAGACGGCCAACAGGCCGCUACCUGACACCAUCGAAGACGUGGAGGGGCCCGACCUCAGUAGGGAGGAUGACAAUCCUCUUUGAAAGCGGAUAUCUGCAGCACCGGGAUGGACUGAUGAUGAUCAACAACAACUACAACUAGAACACCAACACCGGUGCGUUCCGCGAGACAAGUUGGUGUUUGUUACGUUCAACAUCCACACUUUCAUUUGAAGUAAAGAUUAGUUGUUCUUUUUUCAAGAGUCUUUGAACAAUUCCAAACACUUUUUUUGUAAGUAAUAUUUUCAUCCAUCUUUUUUUUCGUUUUUAUACCGUCUUGGCUGUAGUUCCUGUGUGUGAAAGAUCAUCAACUUACAUCUUGUUUUGUCAAUGGAGUGAGGUGACUCCAUCUAUGUAGUUUUAGUAUAGUCCCUACGUUAUGUGACGAGCAGCUGCUUAGGCAUCGCACUGAGUCAAAGGGAGCCAUAUAGCCAUAUACAGUCCUUAUUCAAUGAGACAGCUUCAUCCUACUACAGAGCACAGGUUUGCUGCAGUGACUUCUUCCGCGGGACUCUGUGGUCACUCGGGAACAAGCUGUAAACACAACAUCGACACAAAAUACAGCAGGCUUUGAAUAGUAUGCAUCCACGUGUGUGUAACACAGCAUUCACUUUCCUUUUAGAUUCUUUUGUCCCCGAGCUCUCAACCUCGACCUCCUUCACACCUUCACUGAUGUUCCCACAGCUAAACGGGAGCAUCACCUGGUAGAGGUGCCAGGAGAGGAGACACUGUUAUUGUCAGCCCAUGGAAUCUGGGGUAGUUUUUUUUUUUUUCCUCCUUUUUAAGCUUGUUUGUGUCCCAGACGUCUCUCCUUGAAGAGCAAGUUACCCUCAGCAAGCUGGAAAAGAAACGAUUUACCAGUCGUAAAAAAGACUGAAGAUCUGGUACUUUCCUGGAAAUGUUUUUCAAUGUUUUCCUAUUUUCCUUCAGCUCAGAACAAUGUUGUUGGCUAUCUGCUGAAUCAAUAACAUUUCCAUCUGAAAGUCAUAUCCAAGAUCUUAUUAACAUUUAAAUGGUUGUUCAUGGACUGGAAAAGGCUUGUUAUGUUGUGUGAACUCUCUGAACUCUUCAGUCCCCUCGCUUGGCAACAUAUGCGGUUCACCACAAAGCGACGGUUCACCUCAACAUCCAAAAUACAUUUAUUACAUUUACAUGUAUGUAUGUAUGUAUGUAUGUAUGUGUGUCUAUAUAUAUAUAUAUAUAUAUAUAUAUAUAUAUAUAUAUAUAUAUAUAUAUGUAUUGUGUUAUCAGUAUUCUAUGCGGAGCGCGUUCAGACGAUAAACAAAGUAUUUGAAGGUUAGUCAGUGAUGCCGCUGCAGUUCAAGGCCCGAUCCCCACCCUAAAUCCUCAGAGACAUAACCAACGUCACCUGGUAAGUGGUUGAGUGUGAGGGGUCUGUGAGUGCUUUAAAUGGUGUAAAUACGAAUGUUACAGCUCCUUGCUGCUGCACCAUGACAAGAAAUAUUAUUUAAAAUUGAGGGUAUUUAUUUCAUAUGUUUUACUCUCUGAUUUGAAUAUCUUUCAGGCUGUUUCUUCAUCAAAUAAGAGGUAUUCUUUAAAUAUGUUUUACUGUUUUUUGUAAAAAAAAAUUGACAACAUUUUAUAUUUGAUAAAUUAAUAUUGUCUGAUUUUGUGGGGGUUUUUCUCUAACUUUAAACCUCGACGUUUUAAAAGUAUACAUUUUGAUAUGACGAUCUGAACACACGUGCCCUCCUCUUUGUGUACCUUUUUUUACACCUCCAUGCUUUCAAUGCUUAUCCCGUUUUUAAAGUCACAUUACAAUGACUUUUGGGUAAUUCCUUUGGGCUGGGUCAGCAGCUAAUGGUGACUCACGAAAAGGGUUCAUAAAGGGCUUAAAUGUCUCGCAGAGAGCCUUAAACGCUCAACGAUUUGAGAAUGGGACAGAACCAAACCCUCACAGAGUCAGAGUGGGAGCGUGCCUCAUGGUGAUUGGGCCCAUCGCUACUCUCUGGUACUCUGGAAACGAAGUGUGGUGACAGGCGUGGUGCACAAUAUGUAAUAUGUUUUAUCUUUUAAAUGCAUGAAAAACAAAUUAGUAAGUAGUAAAAACAAAUGUUGAACUUUUUGAUUUGAUGUAAAAUGAUUGUAUUGCUGCAUCUAAACUUUUAAUUUUAUAUUCAGAGAUUCUGUGGCUCAAGUUGUUGCUGUGAAAGAUAUACUUGAUUUUUAAAAUAAAGAUUUCUCGAGCAGAGUGUAUUUCAUACUCA